AUGUUAAAUGAAGAAUUAACAUCGAAUAUUAGCAAUGAAAAAGUUAUUGAUAAUGCUAUUCAAAUCAAUGUUAUCUCAUCAUCUUAUUGUCAACCAAAUAUUGAUAAUAAUAUAAAAAAAGGAAAUGAACUUCAUCGACAUUUAAAAGAACGACAUAUGAUAAUGAUUGCAUUAGGUGGAACUAUUGGAACCGGUUUAUUUUUAGCUUCUGGUCAAGCAUUAGCUUCAUCAGGCCCUGGUGGUUCUCUUACUUCUUAUCUUAUUAUUUCUAUUAUGGUUUAUUUUGUUAUGACAAGUUUAGCUGAACUUUCAACGCAAUAUCCAAUAAGUGGUUCAUUUAAUACAUAUGGAAGUCGUUUUGUUGAUGAAGCAUUUGGUUUUGCAUUAGCAUAUAAUUAUUAUUUUUCGUGGGUAGCAACGAUUUCCGGUGAAUUAGUUGCUGCAGGAAUAAUUGUUGAAUUUUGGUUACCUAAUUUUCCAAGUAUAAUUUGGUCAUUAGUAGGAAUGACAAUAAUGUUUAUAUUAAAUGGAUUUACAGUUAAAGGUUAUGGCGAAGCUGAAUAUUGGUUUGCUAUGAUUAAAGUUCUAACUGUUAUUAUUUUUAUUAUUAUUGGUGUUUUAGUUGAUAUUGGAGUUUUAGGUCACGAAAAAAUUUAUGGAAAAAAUUGGAAUAUUAAAGGUGCUCCUUUUUAUAAAGGUUUUGCUGGAAUUAUUACAACUUCAAUUAUUUCGGGAUUUGCUUUUCAAGGAACUGAAACAAUUGGAAUAGCAGCAGGUGAAAGUGAGAAUCCUCGUCGUGACGUUCCACGUGCAAUAAAUGGAACAAUUUGGCGUAUUAUUUUAUUUUUUGUUGGAUCAAUAAUAAUAAUGGGUUUAGUUAUUCCAUAUAAUCAUAGUGGAUUAGUACAUGUUGGUGAUGUUAAAAAUGUAGCUGUAUCACCAUUUACACUUGUUUUUCUUAAAUCAGGUAUUAAACCAGCUGUUCAUAUUAUGAAUGGUGUUAUAUUAACAACAAUAUUAUCAGCUGGUAAUUCGGGUCUUUAUAUUUGUACACGUAUUUUAUAUUCAUUAGCGAAAGAAAAUAAAGCACCAAAACAAUUUUGUUAUUUAACAAAAGCAGGAAUACCAAUUUGGUCACUUUUAUUUACAACAAUACUUUCAACAUCAUUAUUUGCUUUAUCAUUUAUUGGUAAUCAAAUUAUUUAUCAAUGGUUAAUUAAUAUAACUGGUGUGAUGGGUUUUAUAGCUUGGCUUGGAAUUAUAUUUUCUCAUUUCAGAUUUCGUCAAGCAUAUAUUUUACAAGGUUAUUCAUUAGAUAAUCUUGUUUAUAAAGCAUUUUUAUAUCCAUAUGGACAAAUAAUAGCAACAAUAUUGAUAUUUACAUCAAUAUUCGGACAAGGUUAUUCAGCGUUUACAAUAAAACCAUUUAAUUUUACUAAUUUUUUAUCAGCAUAUCUAACAAUACCUGUCUUUUUAAUUGUUUUUUUUAUUUAUAAAUUUGUUAAAAAGACACGUUUUAUACCUUUAAAAGAAAUUGAUCUUAUUAAGGAUUCUAUUCAAUUACGUCAAUCAUAA